AUGGCGCUUAAUCGAUUACAAGCCGUUCGGCAUUUAAAUCAAGCAGUCAAAAUUCUCCAAUUUUCCCACUCGUUCAGAAGCUCAGAAUGCUAUUCAACUUUAGUCUUCACUGAUUCUAAAUGUUGGAGCAACUCCUCUUGCGCCUUUUUUCAGAAUGCUCUUCCAUGGAAUAAUAAAUUUCCUCAAGGUUUUUAUCGAAGCAUUGCAUAUUGCACAACUAAUGGCUCUUGUGGGCUUCCUUGGACUUUUAGAGGUCCAGAUGAAUGCCAAUUGAUGAAGGCUUCCACGUUACCAAACUUCAGUUGUAUGAGGUCAGUUACCACUCAAGCAAAAGCUCCACCGCAAGCCCGACAAAUGGGGGCUCUUAAAGUUUCCAUGUUGAGUCCUGGAAUUGUAUAUGAGCCAUAUGCACCUCGUGAACCAAUGUCCUUCUUGAAAAGGUUUGUAAAAUUUACAAGGGAGUUUUUGCUGUUAAAUCUUGUUUAUGUUCAGCAACAUAUUUUCUAG